UACAUAUUACAAUUUACAAGUUGAUCACAGUUGCUCAUUCUCAUUCAUUCAGCCGGUUCCAUUUUGCCAAAAACAUUUGCGUCCUAUGAGUUCACGCCCUGAAAUUCUUUAAUUUAACCCAGUUCAACCAAGUCCAAUUUAAUUUUUUAAACACCAACUGUCCAACAAAGUGCUAUUGUACAACAAGUUUUAAUACAUUAUCAUCAAGUUAUCGCUCCAAUUGUAGAUUCGAUGGGUAAUUCAAAUUCAAUCGGUAAUUUAUUGUCAUCGACUAGUCAUAGUAGUAGUGGCGGUGGCGGUGGCGGUGGUGGUGGUGGUGGUGGUGGUGAUGGUGAUGGUCGUACUACAUCAGAUUCGUUAAGACAAGCACUUAUGCCAACGUUUGAAAGAUUAUAUCAACAUGUACCAGAAUCAUUGUCAUUUCGUCAACAAGUUAAUCUAGAAGAAUUUUCAGAUUAUUUGAAAAUUGUUAAAAAACCCAUGGAUUUAUCAAAAAUUAAAAAAAAACUUGAUGCUGGAAAAUACAGCGAUCCGUUGGAAUAUCGUGAUGAUGUACGAUUGAUGAUUAAUAAUGCCCGGAAUUAUUAUGAAAAUCAUGAAGGUCCACAUGGAGAUACAGACCUCCAUCAUCGAAAAAUAUCACGUGAUUAUGAAUAUUCUAAAACAUUAUCAAAAGUAUUUGCCGAAGAAAUGCCACCGGUUCUAAAAAGACUUGGUUAUUCUGAUGAGCAGCCAUGAACAACUUGAUACAAACUGGAACCAAGGAUGGCUGAUCAACCAAGAGCCAAUCAAUUCCAGAGAAUACUAUCGUUGAAAAAUUGCACAUGCAUUUUUUAAUAAAUUUUACAAAAAUGUUAUUCAAAAAAAUCACGAUCAUUUAAAAAUAUUAUAUACUAAAAUACAUCGUGGUUAUUUUUUUACUAAUUUUUU